AUGAAUGAAGUGAGAAAUAAGAGAAGGUAAAUAUUGAUUAGAUAUAAAAAAGAUCUAAGGAUAAAAAACCAAAAUAAAGAAAUCAAAAAUUAUUAAAUCAAAAAAAAAGAAAUUAAAAGAAGAAAAAAGGAAAUGUAAAUUUUCGUUAAGACUUUAACUGGUAAGACCAUUACCUUAGACGUUGAAGCCUCCGACACUAUUGAAAAUGUCAAGGCUAAGAUCCAAGAUAAGGAAGGUAUCCCCCCUGAUCAAUAAAGACUUAUCUUCGCCGGUAAGCAAUUGGAAGACGGCAGAACCCUUUCUGACUACAACAUCCAAAAGGAAUCUACCCUCCACUUAGUUUUGAGAUUAAGAGGUGGUGGUAUGGAACCCACUAUUGCUGCUCUUGCUAAGAAGUACAACUGCGAAAAGAAGGUUUGCAGAGACUGUUAUGCUAGAUUACCCCCCAAAGCUACCAACUGCAGAAAGAGAAAGUGCGGUCACUCCAACUCCCUUAGAUUGAAGAAGAAACCCAAAGAGUGA